ACAGCCACUGACAGGCCCUGAUCGCACAUAGCCCUCCUUGCUGAGGCCUCCGCUUCCUGGCGGCGCGGUAGCGGCGGGCGACCCGAUUGGUGGUCAGGUCUGCGCCCCGCCCCGCCGGGCGGGACUCCGCGCCCUCCCCAGCCGGGCCCUCCCCUUUCCGCGGGAGGCGUCCGGGACAGUGGCUUGGUGGCGCGCAGUUCCCCUUGACUGUGCGCGCCCCCGUCUGGGCUCCUUUGCAGAGGAAUCGGUAGCUGCAGCUCCCGGAGCACAGCGGACAGAGCUGCGGGCUGCGUGCGCCCCUGCUGCCACCGGGCCUGCCGCGGUGGCUCCCGCGCCCCGCGGCGACUUCCGCUCCCGUGCUUCUCUUUGUUCAAGUCCCCGAGCGGCGGCCGGGUCGGAGCCCGCGCCUUGGGCGACUGAGGCGGCCGCAGUCCGCGCCCCGGCGCCCUGGCGAUGCCGGACCAGAUCUCCGUGUCGGAAUUCGUGGCCGAGACCCUUGAGGACUACAAGGCACCCACUGCCUCUAGCUUCACCACCGGCACGGCCCAGUGCCGGAACACCGCGGCGGCCAUCGAGGAGGAUGCAGUGACUUAUGAUGAUGUACAUGUGAACUUCACUGGGGAAGAGUGGAAGUUGCUGGAUCCUUCCCAGAAGAGUCUCUACAAAGAUGUGAUGCUGGAGACCUACUGGAACCUCACUGUUAUAGGCUACACUUGGGAAACCCAUCAUAUUGAAGGACAUUGUCAAAGUUCGAGAAGAAAUGAAAGGUUUAGUCUCCACUGCCAGCUGCCAUGGACAAGCAGAACAGCAAGCUGGGUCCUGAGGUGCUGCAGGACCUGCAGAAUCACAGGGAGUUCACUGACCAUGAGCUUCAGGAGUGGUACAAGGGCUUCCUCAAUUACUGUCCCACUGGCCACCUGACCGUGGACAAUUUCAAGAUCUAGGCCAACUUCUUCCCCUACAGAGAUGCCUCCAAGUUCGCUGAACAUGUCUUCCACACCUUUGACACCAACAGCGACAGCACCAUCAACUUCCGAGUGUUCAUCAUUGCUCUGAGCAUGACCUCUCGGGGCAAGCUCGAACAGAAGGUCAAGUGGGCCUUCAGCAUGUCUGACCUAGACAGCAAUGGCUACAUCAGCUGCAGUGAAAUGCUGGAGAUAGUGCAGGUACCUGCACUUGACAGGGCCUGGAGCAUGGGGAGUGCAGGGGUCCAGGACCCCCAUCCCCGGCCCCAUACACCAGGCUAGGUCAUUCCUCUGCCCACUUGCUACCUGGUGUACUAAAGGACUGCCUGUCUUUGCAGAGAGUAACAAUAAAAGCCAGCAUCUCUCGAUUGCUUGCUGGACAUCCGGCCCCAGCUGAGCUCAUCCAUCAGGUUUUUUCACACAAUUCUAUCAAAUGGGUCUUUUAUUUUUAACCUCUAAUGAGAUCUGAGGCUCAGAUAGGUGAUUAAGAAUUGUCAAAGCAAGAACUUGGAAAAUGGCUCAGUGGGGAAGAACACUUGAUACCCAGCAUGAGGACCUGACUUCUGAUCCCAACACCCACGGAAAAGUCAGGAGUGGCUGAGCGUGCCCGAAACCCUAGAACUAGGGGACAAGUGAGUCCCAGAAGCUUGCUGAGCAGGAAGCCUAGCUACAAUGUUAAGCCCCGGCUGGGUUCAGUGAUAGAGAAAAGGUUAUACUGUGAACACCGGUAUUCCUGUUUGGCCUCUGCACGGGUGGGUGUUCAUCUGCACACACAUGUAUAACAUACACACACAUUAGCUGUCUAUAGGGCUUCCUAUAGAAAUCAGAACGACACAGUAAAGGAUGAGUCAGCAGUCAGUUCUUCACAGGAGCGAUGCUUAUGUGCACCCUGCAUCCUUCCUGCUCCAUGCUCUAAACCAUCUCUGUAUUUGGUCCAGUGGGCUGACUCUGUGGGUAAAGGUGCUUGCUACCAAGCCUGGCAGCCUGGGUUCGAUCCCUAAGACCCACAUGGUAGGAAAAGAGAACCAGCUUCCACAAGUUGUCCUCUGAAUUCUACCUGAGAUCAUCUCCCCCAAAUAAAUAAUUACAUACAUCCAUAAAAUAAGUAAAGUAGUUAUAUACAGUGCCUAAUACAAUGGCUAUAGAUGUUAAUAAUAAUUUGUAUUAUUUGGGAAAUAAGAAGAAACUGUCUGUGUACCUCCAGUUUCAUUUUCUAGACUAUUUCCCACCUAUAGUUUGUUGAAUCUGCAGAUUCGGGAUCCAUGGGUGGGCAGGGCUCAAUGUAUUUCCCCUUUGACCUUCCCUCCAGGAUUUUCCAGCUCCCACCAAAGAUCCUCCUUUCAGACAGAAGCUGUGCCCCACAACCUCCCCUCUACUCUGAACCAAGGAGCCCUCCAUUCUUCCAUUCCCCAGCUGUAUCCUGUGCUCUUGAACGUCACUUAAACUUUCCUGGCUUCCUUUGCCCAGCACCAUGUCUGUGAGACUUGUUCUGAUGAGAGAAGGGAGUGAGCAGGCAAAAUGUCCCUGGAAGAAUUCAACAAAGGUGCCAAGAGGGACCAUCCAUUGUCCGGUUGCGGCAGUGUGAUCCCAGCAGUGCUAGCCAGUUCUGAGGGAAAUGGGCUUUUACACAGUUGUGAGAAACACAGGCUUGACUUGCCAUCUUCAGCUUUGCUUGCAAAAGUGGUUUUCUCUGUGAUUUCUCCUGCUCUCUAGGGACCCGGGUCCAGGCAGCACAUCACACUCACCUGGUCUGGCUGCAUGCAGCUCCCUCCUCUAUCUGAUCCAAUAGAUGUCCCUCCCCAUCCAGUCCAGGCUGGUUCCUUCCAAGGUUUCAAGUGUUCUUGGCUGUAGGGCUCCUUCCCUGCCCACAGAGGGCCUGGAGGCCCUUAAGGACACCAGACAGGACUUUUCAGUAUCUUACCGAGACCAGCUGAUUUAUUCUAUGAUCCCAGCUGACUUUGUGAGGAUGAAGAAGAUGGACAGUAGAUAAGCAAGCCCUUCCUGUGCAUGGCUCCACCUCCCUUGUUCAUUUUCUCUGACCAAAGCUGCUUUCAUGUAUAUACUGUGGUAUCCUUAUUUUUAAUAUAUAAGUUUUGUAUAAAGUGAGAAGGUUCAGCCCCUGUAUUUAAAGCCUCUGACUGCCUUUAAAGCAUGGUCCCCUGUGGCCUGUGAUUCUCCCCACCCCCAAGUCUGGCUGUGCUGUGGUAUUUAAGUAUUUUGCCUAAUUACACAGGAGAUACAUGAAUGCCCAAGGCUGUGGGCAUCUGCCCUCCAUCCUGCAAACACAGGUGUGCCUGUGUGCUCCAUCCUUCCUGUCCAUUGAGCUGGCAUAUUAAAAUAAUCAAAUAAAC